AAAAAAGCAAUACAUGACAUUGUUAAAGGUUAUAAAGAAAAUAGAAUAAUGGAAGUAUUUGACCUCUAUUAUCAUGAAGAAGUUGUAACCUAUAAUAACGGUGAUUCCACAGGUCGUAUUGGUAAAGCACAAAACCGUACUAUGAGACAAGAAUUCGCCUCAAGAAUUACCGUCACCGAAAUUGGAAUCCUCAAAUUAAUUUGUGAUGGUGAUAACUCAUGCUAUGAAAUUUUCAUUGAAUAUACCACCAACGAAGGUGAAAAAGUCCGUAGAAGUAAAUGGUUAUUCCAAGAAUGGAAAAAUGGCCAAAUCAUCAAAGAGCAAUACCAC